CUUCGGCACUGAAAAAGAUCCAGAAACGAACUACAACGAAAACUUGCCCCAUCCAACCCGCCUCCUUCUUCCCGCAACCGCCCCCACCUCCACUCCUUCCACCUUCUCCUCUAUGCCGGCCCACCACAACACCACCAUCCGCCGCCGCUCCCACCCCACAACCUCCGUCCUUCUCUGAUGCGCCACCCCCUCCCACCCACCUUCUCCCCGCGCCCUACCAGCUCUAACGCGCCGCCCAGCCAUCCCAACCAACGUGCCACCCCACCCUGCCUCCAUCUGGUGCCAGAUCCGGCGAGAAGCGUUCCUCCUCCCCUCCCAUGCAUGGCCACGGCGAGCCACACUGCUGCCAAGCUCCUCGUCCGAUACCUACUCCCUCUCUCCCCCACCUUCCCUCCUCAGACCACCUGCACCCCAUGUCGGUCGGCCACCAGAUCCCGGCCGCAGUGCACCCCCGCACCCCCAGCGAUGCCCUUCGCUAGAUCCAGGCCGCGGUGCACCCCCGCACCCCCCUGUGAUGCCCUGCACCGAAUCCAGGCCGCAGCGCACCCCCGUGCCCCCUGGCGACGCCCUGCGCCGGAUCCAGGCCGCGGCGCACCCCUCCCCCCACCCCCUCCGCCUGGCUCAGCAAGAGUGGACGCUGCCUACCGUCAACGCGAUGGCUACCAUGGGAUGGGCGGCACUCUACCACACAACUCCGCGCAGGUCAGAUCCGAGAUGCCUCGACCUUCUCUCCAUCGUCCCCGCCAUGGAUCCAAUGAGUCCAUCAUCACCACCACCCCUCGUCCCUCCUUUGCGAUAUCAACACCGGGACGUCCAGCAGGGCGACAAGGGUGCCCGGGUCAAUGCCCUCCUGCCCUCCUCUGACAUGUGCAGUGCACACCUUGCCAUGCUGCAAAGUCAUCCACUCGUUGCACCCAUCAUCCAUUGUGUAGCCGGAGUUUGGCGCAGCCCACAUCUCCAGCGGGGGCAGCUCGUGGCCCGCCUGGUUCGCUUCAUCGGCGUCCGCUAUUCACUUCUUUUUGGAAAAACAAAAAAAGCUCUUUAAGGGUGGCCAUGCUGCCAUUUGCAAUUCGCUAGAGGGAAAGAGAAGGUGCUCUCAUCAGGGGGAGUCGAUGCCGUGACCUUGCGUACACAGCGAGCCGCGCUGUAAUCACAUUGCUCGCGUGUACCAUGAAGUCCACUAUUUGCUCUCGUUUGUGACAAUUUUUUGGUGGUUCAAUUCUGUUUAUGAAAAACACAGAGGAGUACACUUUCUUUUUGGAUGUGGUUCGCUUGUACUGUGCGUUGGUUCACUUCCAUUUUUUAAAAAUUUUGCACUUGCCAUGUUCAGUUUCAGAGAAGUACUAAAUUGUUGUAGA